ACUUUUGAGGUUCUCACAGGAUCCUCGCUUGAUACAUGUAUGUAUCUCAGCUUAUCCAGAGAAGAAAAAUGAAUAAAGAAAAGAACACUGGUGACAUACCCUGUGGCAUAACUGUGUUGGUGCUCAAUGAUGCAUGCUUAUCUGAUCUGGUAUACUAUAUUAGUAGCAAAUUACCAAUGCUUGUCAUCCUCUAGUGGAUGAAGAGUCAAAUAGUCAGUGAUUUGAACAAAUGGCAUACUCGGUCACCGCCACUCAAAACAUCGAAUUCAGUUAGUGGAUAAGUUUAACUUAUCUCAUCCAUUAUCACAGAAAAAUAAUCCUCCAAAAAAAUCAAAAUUGUUGCUGUUUUUUAGUUUGAUAUUAUCAUUAUGUAGUGUGUAUCCAAUUACAGUUCAUUAGGUCAUGAUGGGAAUAUCCCUUCCUCUGUAUAUUUAACCUAAUCUUUAUAAUUCAUUAUUCAUCUAUAAAUAUGAAUCUCUCAGUGAUAGAAAAGUGUAGAAAAAUGAACUCAUGGCAUUGAUCAAUGAUCACUAGCUCAUCCCAACAGUAGAAUCUUAAUUAUCAGCAUUAUCACAUUAAGAAUCAAACUAUGUCUCAUUCGCCUAAUCAAGUUUCACUGCCACCACUACCUUUCAUCCCUGAUGAACUCAUUGAAGAGAUUCUCUCGAGGCUCCCUGUGAGGUCUCUUCUACAAUUCAGGUGCGUAUGCAAGUCAUGGAUGUCACUCAUUUCUGACCCUUACUUCGUUAAAAAGCACCUUCAAUUGUCAACACAGAGCACCAACCUCACGCGCCAGAGGAUCAUACUCACUGACACAACCGCAGAGUUCCACCUCAAGUCUUGCCCUUUGACUUCUCUGUUCCAUAACCCAUCAACCAUAUGCGAGGACCUUAACUACCCAGUUAAGAACAAGUUCCGCCAUGACGGAAUUGUUGGUUCCUGCAAUGGCUUGCUAUGUUUUGCAGUUAAAGGAGACUCUGUUCUUCUCUGGAACCCUUCAACUAGAGUCUCCAAGAAGUCACCACCUUUGUGUAAUAACUGGAGGCCAGGGUGUUUUACCAAUUUUGGCCUUGGUUAUGAUCAAAAGAACGAUGACUACAAGGUGGUGGCUGUGUUUUGUGACCCUAAUGUGUUCUUCGCUGAAACUAAUGUGAAGGUAUAUAGCAUGGCCUCAAAAUCUUGGAGAAAGAUUCAAGACUUCCCUCAUGGUGUUACCCCCUAUCAAACCUCGGGAAAAUUCGUGAGUGGCACUCUCAACUGGGACGCCAAUUAUGCUGUUGGUAAUUCAAAUUCUUCUUUGUGGAUCAUUGUUUCAUUGGAUCUACACAAGGAAACAUACAACGAGAUUCUGCCACCUCAUUAUGAGAAGGAAGAAUGUUCCAAACCUAGUUUGGGUACGUUAAAGGGAUGUCUGUGCAUGAAUUAUGACUACAAAAAAAGCUAUUUUGUGUUGUGGCUGAUGAAGGACUAUGGAGUAAGAGAGUCUUGGGUAAAAAUGGUGACUAUUCCUUAUUUGCCUAAUCCUGAAGAUUUUUCAUAUUCAGGGCCAUAUUGCAUUUCUGAUAAUGGUGAAGUCUUGUUAAUGUUUGAGUUUGAUUUAAUUUUGUAUGACCCAAGAGACCAAUCAUUUAAGUAUCCAAAAGUUCACAGUGGGAAGGGUUGGUUUGAUGCAGAGGUCUAUGCUGAAACGCUGCUAUCACCAAUCAAACAUUGAGUGUGUCAAGUGUUUUAAAUCGCUGCUCAUAUCUUAUCAAUCAAUAUUCAUGUAUGGUCAUAAACUAUAGAUUCAAUAAUAGCUUUCAUUUCUACUAAGAGUUGAAGCAUAUGCUUUCUUGUGCAUAUUAAGAGUUAAUAAACAAUAAAUAUAAACAAAUUUAACAUUAA